AUGGAUGAUUUCCUGCGCCUGUCAAGCACGACAACAAUUCGCAAACCGAGGAUCCAAUCUUACCAGUACAAAGUCUUAUCCAUCCUCUUCUCUAGCUUCCAAGACAUUCUUUUUCUUGAUGCCGAUGCCUUUCCUCUCAGAAACCCCGAUCACCUCUUCGACGUGGAACCGUACAAGGGCACUGGACUGGUGACAUGGCCAGACUUUUGGUUGCCCACCAUAUCUCCCCUAUUCUACAAGAUCGCUGGGGUUAAAAUGCCAAACGUGACGAUCGAGUCCCGAAGCUCCGAGUCAGGAAUCAUGCUUUAUAACAAAGCAAGGCACGCCGAUAGUCUCUUGCUGGCCGCUUACUACAAUUUUUACGGCCCGACAUUUUAUUACCAGCUUCACUCACAGGGCGCUUGGGGGUCGGGCGACAAGGAGACAUUCAUGCAGAGUGCCUAUGUUCUGGGCAAUCCUUUCUGGCAAGUGAAACAGUCGCCUGAGCUGGUGACAUCUGAAAAGAUCAACUGGGGCAGUGGAAUCUGGCAGGCAGAUCCCCAGUACGACUGGAACCUUCAACAAGAACGGACGAAAAAUAUGACAACCGCUUCCAUGAGGAAACGAAGGCAAAGAUUACAGGAGGAAGAGAUCAAAGUCACGAGUACCAUGUUUGCUCAUCUUAACAGAGUCAAGUUCGAUAUGACGCAUCCGAUACAAAUAUUGGAGGACUUGGCGCCUGAACAUCCCGAUGGGCGCAUAACACGAUUAUGGGGAGACGACGUCGGCAAGGUCUCUGACGUAGCAGGAUAUGAUCUAGAAAAAAUGAGUGUAUUUAUGUAA